AGAAAAAAAAUAAAUUUACAAAAUAAAAUACAAAAAAAGUGAUCAAUCAAAGAGAGUUUAUUAGAAAAAUGAUCAAGUUAAAUUUGUUACUUUUUGUUCUCAUGCUCCUGUUUACUGGAGCUUUUGCGCCUCUUCCUGAAAAUAUAGUACCUUGUCACCGCAAUGACCCUGAUAUCGCAAAUUGCAUUAAAAACCGUGUAAAUGAAUUGAAACCUCGCCUUGCCACGGGAAAGAUCGCCAAGGACUUUAGUGUCCCUCAAUUGGAGCCCUUGUCUUUGGAUACAAUUCAAAUGAGUCGCGGCACGGAAUUCAAAGCAGUAUUCACCAACUUACUCGUGCGUGGUCCCAGUAACUUUGAAAUUGAAAAAAUCAAAGUUGAUUUGGAUUCAUUAGUGUUUGAUUUUGUCAUCUUUUUGCCAAAACUGGAAUACAAAGGCAAAUAUUCGCUCAAGAUAAAGUUGUUACUUUUGGACAUUGCGGGAAAGGGGGAUGUCACUGGAUCGUUAGACAAUACACGUGCACGUGUUCGUCUGCGUGGUGUCCGUUACCAAAAAGAUGGAAAAACUUAUAUGAAAUUCGAAAGAUUCCAGUUCAAAAUUCAAGUGAGUUCGUCGAAAAUCCAUUUGGACAACUUGUUUAAUGGUGACGCCACAUUGGGACAAAUUGGAAAUCAAUUUAUCAAUGACAACAUUGACUUGUUCUUGAGCGAAGUGACACCUGGAUUGGAGAAGAGUUUAGCCGAAACAUUCACUGAAGUAGCAAAUGAUAUCCUUAAGGCAGCUACUUUGGACGAAAUUUUCCCCUAAAUUGUGAUCUACUUUUAUAAAUGCAUUUAACCUUACAUUUAGUUCGUAAGAGCACUUAAGUUGAUAUUUUAUGGGUUUUGGAUAGGAAAAUAAUGUUAAAACAGCAAGAUAGAAUACUUUAGUUACAGAUUGAAAACGAAAUUAAAGCACCCGAAAUAAAUAUAAACAUUUUGUAUAAUAAUAUUAAGAUAAUUUUAAGUUUAGGCUCAUAAGUAAAGCACACUGGCGAUAUAAUAAAAAAAUAAGUAAUUAAUAGGAUAUAUUCGAUUAAGAACCAGUAUUUAAACAUAAAAAAAAACUAUUUUAGAAAAAAAAAAUUGGGAAUGUGAAUAUUUUUUU